AUGUUCACCAAUACGCCAACCGAUUAUUCCGGCGCCGACAGCGAGCAAAACUACAAUGCCCGUACCCAAAGCCUCGAAGCCCACCGCCGCGCAAAAGUCGAUAUGAUGAAAAACUCCAUCAUCAAGCAACUUGCCUUUCAGCAAAAUACGACUGAGCGCAAGGCGCGACAGCAUAUUGUACAGAGUAUGGUGAAGAAUGAUAUCGAUAUGUUUGAAGGUGUACGCGGACGAUUCCGGGAGCAGGCGCAGCGGCAGGAACGUCGGGAGAAGGGACGGCAAAAGAAAGAGCAGGGAGAAAAUAAGAGCUACCAGAGAGAGCUUCUUGGGACGAUCCUUGGUGUCUUACUUGGACAAGGUGUAGCUUUGGCUGCAAUCGGGAUAUACUACUUGAUCGAAUUGCGGAGGAGCGAAGAGAUGGAAGGUGGUGAUUUGGAUGUUGAUUGA